AUGAAGGUAGAGGUAGGCGUUAAUGAACCAAAAAGGUUAGAGGUUAAAAAAUCUUCUAAUACUACGGAUAACUUUCAAAUUAAUGUUGCUACUUCUGAGGAUUCUCUCCAAAACACUGUUGAUGAAAUUGAUCUUAAUUGCUUAGAGCCUACUGUUUCUAAGGGAACGGGUAAACCCGCUCCACCUAUUGUUAUUAAGAAGAGUCGGGGCAGACCAUCAAAAAAUAAGGACAAUGCCUCAUUUUCAGGCUCUAACAACAUAUUUGCAUUGCUUAACUCAGAUGAUGAGAAUCUAAUUAAUCUAGAAAAUCGGCAAAGGAAAUCUAGGGCAGCAUCACUGGGUGUUGUAGUCUUAGUGAAUGAGCUCAAAUCAAAGAAGAAAAAACAUCUUGAUAGAGCUAAAGGACUUACUUGCAUUACUGUAAGAGGAUCCUAUCUUGGUUUACCUUUUUUUAUUUCGGCUAUUUAUGGGAGUAAUGAUGGGAUCGCUCGUAGACAACUCUGGAAUAAGUUAAAGGAAGUUGAAGCUGCUAUUAGCAAGGCUCCUUGGGUCCUAGGUGGGGACUUUAAUAUCAUCUUGCAAUCAUAUGAAAGCUCUGACCAUAUAGUCUUUGGUCAUUAUCUUACUUCUGAAAUGCAAGAUUUUCAAGAUCUUGCUUAUGAUCUUGAACUCCAAGAUCAUCCAUACUUUGGGCCAACUUUUACUUGGAGUAACAAGCAACAUCUUUCUUUUCUAGCAAGGAAACUUGACAAGGUUAUGAUUAAUUCAAGCUGGGUUUCUUCUUUUCAACAAUCGUUUGUUGAAUUCCUUGCUCCCGGUAUCUCCGACCAUUUAAAUCAAUCUUGGACACAAUUUGCUCAAGGCAAUCCUAUGCAAAUUAUCUUCACCAAACUUAAAAGGCUCAAAGAUUGCCUUAGAAGAUUCAACAAGGAAAACUACGGUAACCUCUCGGAUCGAGUUAAAAUCAAGAGAAGUGAGUUGGACCAACAACAACUCCUCACUUUAAAAGGAGAAAAAGCUAUUGAAAAAGAAUUGUUACUGCAAAAAGAGCUUAAAAAUCUGGAAGAUGCAGAGGCUAUUCUUGUCAAAGAAAUCACUAGAGCUGAAAUCCAUAAAGUUGUUCUUAGUCAAGGUAACGAGAAAGCCCCGGGACCCGAUGGAUUUACUUCCUCUUUUUUCAAGUCUUCUUGGUCCAUAGUGGGAGCGGAUGUUAUUGCAGCAGUAAAAUUUUUCUUUCAUCAUGCAUCUAUCCAUCCGGCUUUCAACUCUACAAUUAUUUCUCUUGUUUCAAAAAUUCCAAAUCCAAGUGUUGUUAAAGACUUCCGGCCAAUCUCCUGUUGUUCCGUGAUUUACAAGAUUAUCACAAAAAUCAUUGUAAGAAGAUUGAUUGAUUUCCUUCCUGACAUUAUCUCUUUGAAUCAAACAUCAUUCAUUAGAGGUCGAAGCAUCAUUGAUAAUACCCUCCUUGCACAGGAGAUGGUUAGAGGUUAUGGAAGGAAAUCCAUCUCUCCGAGAUGCUCUCUAAAAAUUGAUCUCCAUAAAGCUUUUGACUCCAUUCAUUGGGGCUUUAUUUCGGAUAUUCUCAAAGCUCUUAAUCUUCCCCAUCUUUUCAUUGCUUGGAUCGAAGCUUGUAUCUCUCAAGCAAGAUAUUCAAUUUCUUUUAAUGGGACUCUUAUCGGUUAUUUUAAAUGUGCAAGAGGUCUUAGAUAG